ACAAAAGUACUGUAACAAGAGUAGUUGUGAUUCAUUACUUUCCACCUGUGCUUGUCCUUCACCAAAAACUGAGACUUUUGAAAAUGCUCUCCAUAACCGCACACUUUGGAAAACAAUGACGUUAGGGAGUUUUCAGACUUAAACAGAUUAGUGUCGCCUCAGUCACCUUCUUUUCCUACUUUUUUUUUUAUUGUUUUGAUAAAUGAUGCAAUGCAACUGAACUGUGGGUGAGACUAACAUUCAGCCUAACAUCUCCAGCCUCAAAUCUCCCAUUCCACGGGAAACAGAAUUGUUAGGAACAACAUGAGGGUGAGUUAAUGAUGACCCAUUUUGGGUGAACUGUUCCUUGAAAGUUAAUAAAGUGAAACACUUCUCCGUUGUCUCACAAGAACAUGUUUAAAAAGUCUAACCACACCCAAUCUGUGCAGAGAAACUUGCAAGUUUAAAGUCAUCUGAAAACCUGUGAGAUAAAUGCUUAGGAUUCAAAUAUGAGGUACAUCAGGCAAGCAAAUAUGUAUCAAAAACAAAUGACAUGUUUACUGAAGAAUCACUCUCCAUGCAUGUAUCACCCCUCACCUUUGUUUAAUGCUUAAAUAAGAAGUUGAAUAUUAUAGGCAUACUGUUCUUGCAAAGUCACAUGUAGAUACUGUAUGCAAACACACACAACCUUUGUUCAGAAUUACGGUACAUCGGUGCUAGUGCUGUAUUAUUCAUAAAUUAGCAAAAACAUAAAUAAGCAUGGCCUGAUUGUUAUCAAGCAAUAAAAUAUAAAAAAUAAUAAUAAUAAAUAAAUUCUAAGAACAAACAUGUUUAAAAUGGUACUCCACCUAAUUAAUGUGUGAACUGGUAAUUUCCUCUAUACUGAGAAUGUGAAUCACACUUAAAAAUGUUACAUUUUGCACCCAUAUAGAAUACUUCUAUGUGCACGGCCACCGUUUUCUCAAUUGAUGGCACGUAUAUAACCACAAGUGAGAGAAAAAAACAUGUCGCUAUCUUAAUGUGGGGGAAAUAUCUGUCAUCACAGAAGACUGGAGAAAAACACAAAAGGGAAGUUCACAGUGCAAAUACGUAGAGUCAGUCAACCACUUAACUUACAUUCACAUGACAGAGAGCGAGAGAGACAGACCUAUCAGCAGUUAGCAGAGGAAAGGACUGCUUUAGAAUAAAGCUGUCCGAGAAUUGUAUCAUUCGUUUUGUUUUCAUGGUUGUUUUGGCUAUUGAGAGUUGAAACAGUUAUUUUGUGUGUGUUUGUGUGUGGCACUGGACUCUGGAAUUGAGGACUGGGAAUUGUUGCUGGUUAUGGCACUUACAAACUGAUGUAAACAUGGAUUUAACUGCAUGGAUUUUUGCUCUGGUCAUGUUGAUACACAUUCCGGUUUAUACAGCAGGUGAGAGGCUGAAAGUAAAGGUCAUGUUUGACAUAUGGGAGGGAAAUGUAACUGUGGUCUGGGAUCCCCCUUCAGGAGCCCCCAAAGAUGCCCUUUACCAAAUGAAUCAUGCACUUUAUACAGAUGGUAAUGCUCCAUGGCAUGUCGUGCCUGAGUGUAACAUGACUACAGAAACUAGAUGUUGUCUUGGAAACCUUAUAGACCAAAAGUUAAUGAAAAUACGGGUUGGACUGCAUAAAGGAAAUGGCAGCUUUGUCUGGUCAAAAGGACAUAGAAUUCAUUUAUCAGACAGCCAGUUGUUGGAACCAGAUUUCAACGUGUCUUCCUCAACUAAAAUGGUGAAGGUCAAAUUUUACAGGAAGCAAUUUCUGGAAAAGCUUUUUGCCUUUGGCCCAAGUUACACUGUCACUCUGCAGGCAAAAGGACAGGAGAGCAAGAAAAUAACAAAGUUUGAUGAUGAUGAAGAUGGUGAGGUGGAGUUCAAUUCAUUACCUUCUUGGCAGGAGUAUUGUGUGAGUGUGUCGGUGGAGAUUGAAUCUGCUGGUUUGCGCAACAUUUCUGUACAGCGCUGCAUAUAUACAGAAGCAGAUAUGUCUCUGGUGAUCUCCAUGGUAAUUCUUGGUGUACUUGGCACCAUGACCUUCAUCACGUUUGCGAUAUGUUGCUUCCUGAAACGUCCAAGAAAAAUGCCUGCUGCUCUGAAAUCAGCUGUGAAUGGAUGGCACCCCAUGAACAUAGGAAUCGUCCAGGUAGAGAGUGUUACUGACAAGGGAUGGCUACUGUCCAGCAACAAAAUGGCAGGAAAGGCUAACAUAUCUGAUGACAAGACCGAGAUCUUUGAGGACGAGAAAGAGAGGAGAGAGAGUACAGACAGUGGAGUCAGCCAGCAUCACUCCAUUAAGGACAGAGGGAUGGAUGGACAUACAGGAGAUGAGGACAGUGGCUGUGGAAGUCUGUCAGAAUCUGAAAAUAGUCUCAGUGGUGGAAGACGAAGCUUGGGAGAGCUCCCUUCCCUGGAUAGAAGCGUUAACAACACCAGCAGCAGCAAGGGGGCAGAGGACAGUGGCUUGGGAAUGGGGAACCAGGAUGUCUCUGACAGUCUCAAAGGGGCGCACAGUGGACUCCUGUCUGAAAUAGUGGUUGUAGGGGAUGGAUAUCGUAGUCAAAGCCCUUCUGGUGAGGCUCAAAAUGAGAUAACAGUCUCCGAUGAAAUAGCCAACAUUAUAGCUAGCCCUAAUGGUGGCUAUCGGUCUGGACAUGUGACAUGCUUAUGUUCUGAUUUUGAGACUUGCAUGUGGUGUAAAGCCAGUAAGCUCUUAACUACAGACUGUGUAUCAGGGUCUCAUGAGCAGACCAGUUGUACUUUCACAACAGAAUUCAACAAUGGCAGAAAUAACUAUUUGAAAAAGUCUCCUGAACAGACUGUGAAUUUGUUUCUGCUGGGAGAUUUGUCCACUCAGCUGGGCGAGAACUGCAGUGACUCUUCUUCUCUUUUCAUCGAGGGAGGACAUUUGCCAUGUCAGUUGGACACUUUGCCUCUUACAUUAGGAGAUGUGGAACUAACGUUUACAUGAACCAUGAACAAAUUACUUUUUCAUCAAUGUGAACCAAGAUUGGGACACAAACCACCUGACAAAAAUGAAAGUAGUGCUAAUUAUGGCUACUAGGGGCCUCAGAAGAGGGGCUGGCCCUUUAUGACUUCCUGCAUGCAUGGGGUCAUUUUGACUUGUUAUUAUUGACCAGAAAGGAUACAUUUCAAGCAUCAAGUCACCCCAGUGUUUCUGUGUCAUAAAAUGUGAGACACUGUUUGGAUAUGACAGAGCUUGAUGAUAAUUAACCAAAGACAAUGGUGGGGAUGGUUAGACAAACUGUCAUUAGCGUUGUCAGUGUUGCAUCAUAUAAACAAAGAAAAAAUGUAGGAGUUCUGUUUAAUGUGAGAUCAUACUCUGGAACAGCUUUAAUGUUUCGCAAUUUUCCAGUGCUGAUGUAGCACUGUUUGGGUGGAACAAAAUGUACAUAUUUGGCUUGAACUUUAGAGUCAUAAAGGAAAAGAGUUUUAAAAGCUCAGAUUUAUAGGAAUUAAUCAGCUCAUUAUUUUCACAUUGUAUUUAUAUGAAAUUAUACAUGACACAGGCCUUUAAAGGAACUAGAUAUAAUGAAGCUCUAGCCACAAGUCUGAUAAUGUUAAAUUCCAAAUCAAAAAAUUAUAAUUUUGAAAAGUUUUAUUAAACACUAUUUAAAAUGGGAGUGGUGGUGGUGUAGUGGGCUAAAGCACAUAACUGGUAAUCAGAAGGUUGCUGGUUCGAUCCCCACAGCCACCGCCAUUGUGUCCUUGAGUAAGGCAUUUAACUCCAGGUUGCUCCGGGGGGAUUGUCCCUGUAAUAAGUGCACUGUAAGUCGCUUUGGAUAAAAGCGGCUGCCAAAUGCAUAAAUGUAAAUGUAAAACCAUGCAUGUGUUUUUUCUAGAUUUACAAAAGGAAGUUUACAAAAGGAAUAAAUUCUACUC